UGUUGGGAGAAAGAUAACUUAAGAACAAGUUUAUAGCACCGAACAGAACAGAACAGAAGACAACUGAUUCUCGUUCUCUGUAUUUCUAGAAUUUGAUCAGAAAAGAAAUGGAGAAAUCUCCAAAAGUAUAUGCAGAAGAAGAUUUGUAUGCAUUAUUACGUCCAGUAACUAAUAAGAAAGGAAUGACUUUGAGAAGUUCCAUUGAAUCGCCUCUUUGUGAUGUGAGAAUUAUUACUUCCGGUGGAUCAACCAUCCCUGCACAUUCUAGUAUCCUGGGAUCGGUUUCGACAGUAUUGGAAAAGAUACUGGAUCGUCCUCGCAAACACCAAUACGCUGAUAAGAUCGUUCCAAUUCUUGGUGUUCCUUGCGAUUCUGUUUUCGCCUUUGUGCGAUGUCUCUACUCUUCAAGAUGCACAGAAGAAGAGAUGAACAAAUAUGGGAUUCACCUACUAGCAUUAUCUCAUGUAUACAGAGUACCAAAAUUGAAGCAGAGAUGUUCAAAAGGACUGAUCAAAGAAUUAACAAUUGAGAAUGUUAUUGAUGUCCUUCAACUUACAAAACUAUGCGACGUACCGGAUCUAUACGUAAAAUGUAUGAAGUUAGUAUCAGAAAAUUUUAAAGCUGUUGAAGCAACAGAAGGAUGGAAGUUUUUACAAGUUCACGAUCCUUCACUUGAGCUUGAAAUUCUUCAAUUUAUCGAUGAAGCUGAAUCGAGGCAGAAGAGGAUGAGUAAGAAAAUUGAAGAACGGAGUUUGUAUUUAGAACUAAGUGAAGCAAUGGAAUGCUUAGAACACAUUUUUACAGAAGGAUGUACUAGUGUAGGUCCAUGUGAUGUUGAGGUCACCAAGAAUAAAGAACCAUGCAAGAAAUUUUGCACAUGUCAAGGUCUACAAGUUUUGAUUAGGCAUUUUGUUCAAUGUAAGAAGAGAGUUAAUGGUGGUUGUAGUAGGUGCAAGAGAAUGUGGCAACUACUUCAACUUCAUUCUUCUGUUUGUGAUAACUCUGAUCUUUGUAGAGUUCCCCUUUGCAGGGAUUUCAAGUUGAGAAGGGAAGUUCCCACUAAAAAAGGAGAACAUGAUGCGAGAUGGAAAUUACUUGUGAAGAAAGUCGUAGCAGCCAAAGUGAUGUCUUCUUUAUCUUGGCCAAAGAGGGAAGAAGCUACCAAUGUGGGUACAGUUAAGACAAGACGAUGAGGCUCUAAAAAUCCCUUUUAGAAUCAUAUUAGAAUACAAAAUUGAUGAGAUUUUUUUCACAAUUCAUUAUUCUUUUUAGUGUAGAAGAGAAGUUAAUACAUACCAAAUUCACUAGAGAUAGAUGGUACCAACGUACCAUUUUUACCAAAACUGAUGAGGUUGUAGUACAAAGGGAUGGGUUUAAUGUAAAUGAAGAAAGGUUGUAUCAAUAAGACUGUGGUGCGUAAAAUAGUUUUUCGCGUCCAUUUUCUCA